UCUAGUGACAUGCACAUGUAAAUAUACACAGUUAUCCUGCAGACAUCUUGCAGAGCAUAUUGGAUUGGAUUCAAACCAUCUGAAGUAAAAGCCCCUCUAGGUGUUUCUAUGGAGGACCUAACGGAAACUCGUGAUUAUGCUAACUUUGACCCCUACUGGUACGUAAAACACUACGUCGCCCCGGAUGAAGCCGUAAUCGGCAUGCAGACGGAUCUAGAUCAUCUCCGUCAAAUGUUCACGAAAUACAAAAUUGGUGGUAAGCGUCUGCUAGACAUAGGCACUGGUCCGACCAUACACAAUGUGAUCUCGGCUAGCCGUCACCUGGACGAGAUUUUCCUUUCUGACUACGCCCCACAAAACCUAGAAUAUCUGCAAAAAUGGCUUAAAAAGGAUAUAUCUGAACCAACAAAGAUAAUGGAUUACGUCAUCAGCCUCGAAGGUUGCAAGAUGACUGCUGAACAAAGAGAAAACGAAGUAAGAGAAAAGGUAAGAGGAAUUCUUCCUAUAGACGUGACGUCAGAAAACCCCCUCGGAACUGCCUAUGACGGGGGUAAAUUUGAUGUCAUAAUUUCGAGCAGUUGUUUAGAGGCAGUCGUGCUUGACGUUACUGGGUACGGGAGGUGUAUCGAGAAUGUAUCUUCCCUUCUGAGUAAAGGUGGGUUUUUCAUCAAUAUUGGCGACUUGGAGGGGAAAUAUUAUCAAGUAGGAUCGUAUAAGUUCCCAGGAGUGUCGAUAAAUGAACAGGAAAUAAAAUCAGCAAUGGUUCAGGCCGGAUAUGACAUCAAAUUUUACUCGGAAUUCCCUGUAACUGCUGAGGAGACGCGAUACACUGACACAAAAGGGUACUUCGUCGUUGUCGCGACAAAAUAAUUCUUUUCAGAAUAUUUUGUUUUUAUAUUAUCUAAAUCAUUUAUUAUACUUUUCUUAAAUAGAUAUUUAUAUGUUGUUGUCACUAAAACUAUCAAAAACUUA